AAUAUGGGUGAUGACAUCACCCAUUUAAAGCCGCCUGUGGGAAAGACAAGCCCGGACACAUUACUGCAUUUAUGUCGCCUCUCACUGACAGCUUUUCCACUUUAAAUACCGGCACCGAGAGGAGCGUAAUAGAACAUUAACAACAAUAGCAACCACGCGUAUAUUUGUCAAGCUAUUAUUGCGGAGUACCUGUCAACCUGGCGAGUCGGCUUUGAAGGGUAUCACCGACCAUCAAUAGACUCGGGAGUUUGGACGAUGAGGACUCUGGAGGAUGAACUAACGUCGGCGGCCGCGACGGGGAACGCAGCCGAAGUUGAGCGACUCCUCCGGGCUGGAGCAGACGUCAACGGGGCCAACCGGCUGGGAUAUACCGCUCUGCAGGUGAUGAUGAUGGGCAGCACGACGGUGGCCGAGCUCCUGCUGUCCGGCGGCGGCAACCCGAACGUGGCCGACGCACACACCGGGAGCACGCCGCUGCACGACGCCGCCCGGACUGGCUUCGGGGACACCGCGCGGCUUCUGGUCCGCUUCGCCGCUUCCCCGCAGGCCAGGGACAGCGCCGAUUGUCGGCCCGUGGAUGUGGCCCGGAGACACGGCCACGCAGACGUCGUGGCCUUCCUGGACUCUCUGUGAUGAACACUUUUAAGAAUUUUAGAGACUGCACUGUACCGUUAAAUUUAUUUAUUUACUCUGACGUUAAGAGUGGCUUUUUUUUCAAACGAAAUCCGGAUUAUUAGGAUAAAGGUCGGUAUGAUUGGAAUUCAAACCGGAUUUAUUUCCGUGUUUGGGCUUUACUUGAAAUCAUUCAAUUGACUUGCCACUAAUAACGUUUAUUAAAAGGAUGCACUUUAUAGCAGACAGUCUCAAGCUCAUUAACAACUAAGUUAAACCCAUUCAAAUUGUUACUGAGAAAGCAUAACACAUAAUAUAUUACUUUUGCCAUGAAAAAUAGAAAACUUAAAGCUAAAUGGUGGCAACAUGGAGUGUUCAUACGGAAGGGAAAACUGUAAAGCACUUUAUGCACAAAUUAUACCACCUUCCGAACGUCUUUUGAUUUCAUUUAUGCUAUUUAAUCUCUUUUGGCUCACAAAGUGGCUUUGUUAUUUGUUUGCUGUGAUCAACAUUUAAAAAAUAAAAUCUAAUCUAAUCUUUCCUAUCUCUCUGCGCAUAUGUGAGUCAAUAUGGAGCUUGAUGAGUUUUUUUUUUCAGAUUAUCUGAUAUUUGCGAUUAGUUGACUAAUUGGCUCGUGGGAUUUGUAUUACUCUGGGCCGCUAAUGUGCAUUGGAAUUAAAAACUACACUGAGUAAGGACUAAGAAUAUGAUGUAUCCCCCAAAAAAUGAAUAUGAAGUAAAGUUGUUUUAUUUUGUCGAUUUAACAUAAAAGAUGAAACCAACUAUUUUAUGCAGUUACACGCAAAUUGACAUAUCUCAAGCAAUUCCUUUUUGUAACUUUUCUCAUUAAAAUUUUCAGUUUAGGAAAACCACAUACCAACAAACUCAGAAUUUUUGGGGGGAAAACUUCAGUUUUUUUGCAAUUCAAAACACCUGCAAAAGCGUCCUGAGCCUUUAAAAAGUCUUAAAUUGGCCCAGAUGAGAAGAAUAACUGCUGAUCUGACAGGAUAUUCAAAUUUUCUGAGAAGUACUGUAAAUGUACAGUACUAAUAUUAGGGCUGUCAAACAAUUAAAAUUUUUAGUCGAGUUAAUCACAGCUUAAAAAUUAAUUCAUCUUAAUUAAUCGCAAUUCAAACCCUCUCUAAAAUAUGCCAUAUUUUUCUGUAAAUUAUUGUUGGAAUGGAAAGUUAGACGGAUAUAUACAUUCAACAUACUGUACAUAAGUACUGUAUUUGUUUAUUAUAACAAUAAAUCAACAAGAUGGCAUUAACAUUCUGUUAAAGCGAUCCAUGGAUAGAAAGACUUGUAGUUCUUUAAAGGUAAAUGUUAGUACAAGUUAUAGAUAUUUUAUAUUAAAACCCCUCUUAAUAUUUUUGUUUUAAUAAAAUUUGUAAAAAUUUCAAUCAAAAAAUAAACUAGUAGCUCGCCAUUGUUGAUGUCAAUAUUUACAUAAUGCUCAUGGUGCUGAAACCCAUAAAAUCAGUCGCACCCAAGCGCCAGCAGAGGGUGACAAAACACCAAAAAACACAAGUAACAAGUGGACAUGACACUGUGCUGUCAUUUUAAUCUGUUUGAGCGGGGCAUGUGAAUUAAAUGUGUCCAAUAUUUUAACGUGAUUAAUUUAAAAAAUUACCGCCCGUUAACGCGAUAAUUUUGAAAGCCCUAAUAACUACAUAAACAUAUAUUUACAGUACACAUACUGCUC